AAAAAAUAUUAUUAUAUCCUGAACUGUGAAACACUGAUAAAAGGAGUAUAUGCUAAAUCUUAUCAUCCAAUGAGAGCUUUUGCAAUUUUCGGCCUUUAAUAUAAGAAGACUGUGUGAUGUAUGUCACUGUGAAAUACAUUAAUUAAGAAGUAUCCCAAUAUUCCUUGCGGGACUUUGACCAUCUAAUGCUGAUUUCACGUUCCAGGGCAUUUGCUUGGUGGCCGUCACUGAGCACCGGCAGAAAUGAGAGCCUUGCUGGUCUUUAUGGUUCUCCUUUCAACUCUCGGCAUCCUGCGAUGCUCUGCCAGCACCGUGAAGAGGGGGCUUUCUGAGGAGACCCUCAGGAAGCUGUCCCAGGAUGGGGAGAAGUAUGUGGAUGAAGAGAUGAAGAGCGCGCUCUUUGGGGUGAAGAGGAUGAAGGAGGUGAUGGAGAGGAAUGAGGAGAAGCACGAGCACCUCAUGAACUCCUUGAAGCACAGCAGAGAGAAGAAGAAGGGGGCGGAGCAGUUGGCAAAGGAGGUGGAGCAGAAGCUGGGGGAGGCGGAGCAACAGUGCCGGGGCUCCCUGCAGGCUUCCUGGGAGGAGUGUCGGCCGUGCCUGGAGGACGCGUGCAAGACGUUCUACACCUCCACCUGCCGCCGCGGCUUCUCCUCCUUCUCCUCCAAGGUGGAGGAGUUCUUCCGUAAGAUGUCCUCCCAGUUCCAGUCUUCGGACAGCGAGGACCUGGUCUACAGCGAGAGCGCCGAGGGCACAGACGUGGACGUGGAGCUGGUGGAGGACUCCUUCUCGAGGCUGCGGAACAAGGUUCUGUCCCUCUACGACAAAGGUGUCGCUCUGGUCUCCAGGAUGCACCAAGAGUUCGACCAGGCCUUCCAGGCUGCUUUCAUCUCUGAACCAAAACCGAAACCCUUAUCCGUGGACUGGGAGGUCCGGGAGACGGGCUUCUUCCAGGGCAUCAGGCUGGAUGAUGUGCUGGACUCCUUCUUUGACUUUGGCAGGAGCGUAAUUGAAGAAUUCAGCUCUGUGAUCACAGAGGCCUUCGAUGACCCUCAGGAACCUUCUGACAUGGAGUCUGGCCGAAAGACAGAAAGAGAACUGUUCCCUCGCUGGGUUCCGUCCCAGGACAGGCAGCUCUGCAAGAACCUGCGCAGACAGACGUCCGAAUGCUGGCAGCUGCAGGGUCAGUGUGAGUCCUGCCAGGGGGCGCUAUCCCAAGAGUGCCCCAACGUGAGGGAGCUGUACAUGGAGCUCACCGAGGUCUCCCAGCUGCUGAACGUGUCGCGGCAGCAGUACGAGGAGGUUCUGCAGAUCGUCCAGCACCACACGGAUGAUACCAUCACCUGGCUCAGCGACAUGGCCUCCAGGUUCAGCUGGGUGGCUCAGCUGGUCAACAACAGCACGGACACUAAGGGCAUCUUCAGCAUCGCUGCUGUGGUGCCACACAAAGAGGAAGGAGACGGAAGCCCUGUGGCGGACACCACGGUGGAGCUCAACGUCCUGAACUCUCCCACGUUCACCCUGAGCGUCCCCGCAGAGCUUGAAGUUCAGGACCCUGCAUUCAUUCAGUACGUGGCCCAGGAGGCUCUGGGCUUGUACAAGCAGAUGGCAAGGUGAGAUGGGUGUGUCAGAAGCCUCCUAGAUGAGCUGGCUGCGUGAGUUUUACUGUGUUGAACAAACUGCCCCCAUUUAACCACAGGCUCAGCGGUCCUGCUGAUGACCUCGUUGACCUUCGGUGAAAUCAUUGUCACAAGUUUAAAUUGUUGUUGUUCUUUAUGAAACCCGAGAGCCGCGAGAGGUUCUUUCUGAUCUAUAUUGUUCUUACAGGAAUGAUCUGGCAUGAGAAACCUUGCUGGGGCAAAGUGACACACCAGACCAGCUUCGCAGGUCGGAAGCCCACUGUACAGACUUAAAUACCUGCUUAGAAAUCAUUAAAUCCCUGCAGCAGGUGGCGUAGUGGUUAGAGCUGCUGCGGGCUCGAAGGACCCAGG